AAAUUAAGAAAUCAGUGAAUAGCCAAGAUUGCAAUGCCUGCAGGUGUAUCCUGGCCAAGGUACAUAAGCUUCUUUGCCGUGUCGAUGCUCAGUGCAUACGCUGGAGCACAGCUGGUGCACAUUUAUUACAAACCUCUGGAUGACCUGGAUGAUAUGGUUCAAGAGGAAAUUGAAAGAAGAAGAAAGGCUGGUCUGUUGAAAUCCUCUGUAAUCUAGUCUAGGUGUUGAAGUUACAUAAUCUAGCGCAUGCCUCCAUGUCCGAUGAGUCAAGAGAGUGUUUAGCAGGCCACUAGAAAGAAUAUUUUGAUAUUUUAAAAAAUGAUAAAAAUGAAUGCAGAAAUUAUGUGACAUGCAGAGUUGUACGACAAAUAAAAUAUCAACUUUGAAUACA